UUUGUUUUGUUAAAUUAAAAAAUGGAGUUUUAUUUGAAUAAUAGUUAACAUUAAAUCAAUAAUGCAUUGUACAACAAAUAAUUCAAAUAUAUUAGAAACAAAAUUCGACCAACCAUGCAAUACGGCAACGACAUCAAAAGAAAAUAUUUUAAAAUUUGGUAUGGAUCGUAUUUUAUCGAAUGACAUUUGUGGAAAACGUCGACAGAACGUUGAAAAUUUAUCACGGCACCCUAGUUUCUACAAUACCAGUACAAACGAAAACAUUGGUAGCAAUUAUAACUUAGGAAAUGCUCAAUCAAAAUUUCAAAUUAAAGUUCCUUGCCCAAUUCGACCGAUUCCAUCCAGAAUACAUUCGACUCGAUUAAUGCCUAUUUUAACCGAACCAAAUCGGCAUACAAACUCAUCACGUUUGGCAUCGUCUUCAUCGCCAACAAUUUCAAAUAAACGAAAACGUUCAUGGUCUCGUGCAGUAUUUAGUAACUUACAACGAAAAGGUUUAGAACGUCGAUUUCAAAUACAAAAAUACAUUACAAAACCUGAUCGACGGUUAUUAGCCGCUACACUUGGUUUAACUGAUGCUCAGGUAAAAGUAUGGUUUCAAAAUCGACGUAUGAAAUGGCGACAUUCAUCUUCUGGUACAAAUUCACUUGAUAAUAAAGUUGCACAAGUUUCCGCUGAUUCUACACAAAUUGAUAGCGAAAUUGCAGGUGGAUCAUAGUCCUUAAGGUUACAAAAUGAUAUCGAUUUGUGUGGCUAAAAGAUUUAUUACAACAAAUGACAAGUAUUAGAUAGCGAUUACUAUAUUACUACUAGCUCGACCCGUGAGGAAUUCCGCCGUGCGAAACCCGUAGCUAAAAACAGAGAAAUAAUAUGUAAUUUUCCGAGAGUAAUUUUCUUUCUCCUUAUUUUUAGGCAAUUUCAAGACAAGUAUGAUAUACAAAUUACAGAAAAACAAAAUUAAAUCUUAAUGUUAUUUAGCUAGCCUGUUUUUACCUAAGCAGUAGGAAAAAACAUUUUUAGACCAUGAGGUUAUUUUUCGUCAUUAGCCAGCACAAUAAGCUUGAAAAUGAGGGGUAAAUUAUGAAAGGAAAAAGAAAGACCUUGCGUAGACAGGAAAAGCAGGCUAGUAACAAUAUAUAAUACAAAUCAUGUGGCAAUUACCAUCCUUAUAGUAAUCGCUAUUUGAUAAUAAAUCUGAACAAAAUUACGUCUCGAAAAUCAGAAAAAAUGUUACUACAGAAACUCAGCUUAUAAAAGUAAAAAGGAAAGGGUAAAAUACCGUGUUUUUUAAUCCAUACGGUUUAUCAUAAAAAUUAUCACUAAUAAAAUUCCUUGCAUUUUUUUGCUCAAAUCGGCAACUGCAGGAACAUGGAAGGGAUAAAUAUUAUCGCUUAUAAGCUGCAGUGUGAGAAAAAUAAAUUUUGGUAUAAUUGAGUGGGUAAAAUUUGCAAAUAGCAACUUGUAAGGAAUUGAAUUAGAUUUAAUUUUACUUUCGAACAACGCUUACCUACAAUAAACAGCAUAGUUUUUGGAAUGUUUAAAAAAUGAUAUUUGACUCUUCCUUUAAGGGAGUUCCAGAAGAUUUUAUUUUAU